AUGGCUCAGUGGCAAGGUGGUUUGGAUCAAGAGGGUAUUGACUAUAUGUUCAAGGUUGUGAUGAUUGGUGACUCUGGUGUUGGAAAAUCUCAGCUUCUGAAUCGGUUUGUUAAAAAUGAUUUUCACAUGAAAUCUAAAGCUACAAUUGGUGUUGAGUUUCUCACAAAGACAGUUCUCAUGGAUCACAAACUAGUCAAGGCUCAGAUUUGGGAUACUGCUGGUCAAGAAAGGUAUCAAGCAAUUACAACUGCAUAUUACAGAGGUGCAACUGGUGCAUUGCUAGCAUAUGACAUAACCAACCGCCAUUCCUUUAACCAUAUUGAAAAGUGGUUAGAUGAACUGCAACAUCAUGCAGAUAAAAACAUUGUUGUCAUGCUUGUUGGCAACAAAUCUGAUCUGAGUUCUAUUCGAAAAGUGUCUACUGAGGAGGCAGAAGACUUGGCAAAGCAGAAAGGUCUCUUCUUCAUCGAGACAUCGGCGCUAGACUCAAACAAUGUAGAACCAGCUUUCCUUGGUCUUCUUUCACAAAUAUAUACAAAAGUCGGUAAGAAACACAUCACUGCAGAUGGACAUGAACCAAAUUGGAAUAAAGUAAAUCUCGAAUUUGAGGGCACAAAAUUAUUGGUCUCGCCGCAAGAACCAGAAUGUCAAAAAUCUAAAAGCAAAUUCAAUUGUUGCAGUAUUUUGUAG